GUUUUGUAUUUGACCCCUCAAAAUUUCCACAUUGCGUACGAUCACUCAAGUGUCCGGCAACAGCCGUUCAACAACAACAAAUGUGAAAUGUUCAAAUACUGAUAGGUACAUACAGCCGGUUGAUCGAACAUUCUGAACUGUUCAUUACAAUUGAAUACUAUUGAACUGACAUCUUUUGUGUUACAUAAUGCACAAUUCUUCUACUGUGUCUCGGAACAGUGCAAAACAUGGCACUCAAGCAAAACCAAAAUCAAGUCAGCCAGGCAUUAAUCCCUCUAUUCAGACCCCCUUGGAUUCCUCAACAGUUAUAUUAAGAUCUGCUGUCCCCAAAUAUGGCAAUUACCAGGUUGGCAAAAAGAAACCGAAAGAAGGGGCAAAUUCAUCAGAGAAAAGAGGAGUGCGAGCAGUGGAGGUGAAUCUCAGCCACCUGAACAAACCCACAGGGAGAAUCCUCGCCUCUAUGGCACCUAUAGUAGUGGGGCAGAAAACACAUGAAGCCCUGAGGUCAAGAAAUGAUUCUGAUCAUGGUGUCAACAGUUGCUCUAAAAGCCACCAGGCAGGGCUUCCUGCACAGAAAUCUGUGAGUUCUAAGAGUACAAACAGUGUACAGUCUGUUGCUGCUGUGCCAGCUGUUCCCAGUAGUGAUCGCUUACACAGAGAUUCCAAUUCUCAACAAGGGACACAAAAAAGUGGUAAAGACAAACCGGUCAGUGUUGUGGACCCCAUGCAAGCUGGGAGCCCUGUGACACAAUCCACUUCUGCAUCCAGCACAGAGGAGCAAACGCUCGGACUGGACUCAUACACGACAAACAAUAACAUAUUCCUUGAGCAGUGGACCAAAUCUGCCUCAGAAGCUAUGUGUUUGAAAGAGGAAAACAAAUCACUGAAAAGUCAGCUUGAAGUUCAGUUGCAGGUGAACAAGGAGUUGAAAAGAUUACUUGUGGCUUCGGUUGGAGAAGACUUGUGUCAGCGAGUGGAACAUCUCAUUAGGGAUAAAGCGCAGUUGUCAGCUGACCUAGGUGACUUUGCCAAAAAGAUGACAGAGGAUUAUGAGAACUUGGACAAGGUGUCAAUACAGGCUGACAUGUGGAGAAGCAAAUACCUGGCCAGCAGGCUAAUGACGGAUGAGUUGGCAAAGAGCAAGGCGUUCUAUGGAGUCCAGUAUCAGGAGAGUCAAAGGGUGUUGCAGGAGUUGUUGAUGGAGAGGCACGAAUUGAGGACCAAUCUCUCAGAGUCGUACAGAUGCCUGCAGCAAGUUAGAGAUGCCUUUGAUCCGUUAAAUACACACAAAUCGUCCAACCUCCAGUCCAGCAAUGUAAUAGAUCUGGCCAAAACGAUUCAGAACCUUGCAGAGACCAUCCGCUUCCGCCUCCUACCUCCAGGUCCUGUUUUUAACAGCACCCCGUUUAAUCUUGACACAAGGGUAUGGACAGAUAAUCUAACCAAAGGAGAGUCAUCAGCACAAGAGCUUCUCUCGCGCAAGGUGGACACGUCCGAUCUGAGUUCUUUUUCCCAGCCUUCCUCCACAAUGGCUCCCGCCUCCUUCAAGAUAGACCGUUAUCAUCCGCAGAUGUGCUUUGACAAUCUCACCCUGAACUGCUGUGGAGAGUGCAAAGGGGACAUCAAAGUCCUUUAACUAUUAAAACUUUUUUAGUUUAUUUUCUUUUUUUUUUUAAUUGAUUUUUUGCUUUUUACCCCUUAGCCAAAAUUCACCAAGGGUUAUUGUCUUUGGAAUAAGUGUCAUUUUUUAUCUGUCCAUUUCUUUGUAAAACCCUCUUGUUUCUUGAACUCACCUUUAUCAGACUUGUGCUACUUGUGUACACUUAGAUGUAGGCAUUGGGAAGAAUCCUUCUUCAUUGUCUUUGACCUCAGUUAACUUUUUCAAAUUCAUUUAGGUUAUAUUUUGUGACAGUUCUGUAAGCAUGUCUCUUAAACUCGGAAAGCAAUUUUCUUCAGACGUUGUAAAGAGUCAUGUACAUGCACCUAGUCAUGUACCAUAGUACCAUAAUGUUUUUCAUUGACCUUGACUUAUUUUUCAAGGUCGUUGUGCAUGUGCUUCCAUAACCUUGUAAACACAGUAUCUUUUGUAACUGAUGUGCUUACCUGUGAAGGGAGUUUCAUGCAUUGCUUGGUAUUUUAUUUUGUUUCUAACAUAGAACAUAUUGUUCUUGUCCCUUCUUGUCUAUCUUUUAGAAAAUAUUCUUUGUAAAUCUGUUGACCUUAUGUACAAGUGCAAAGGAGAUAAACCAAGUUCAUCACUUUGAACACAAUGAUAUUAAAUGGCUUUUCAAUGUGGUUAUGUAAAUCUUGAAGUGCACAGGCCAAGCUGUUACUUUGUUCUAAAAGACAGAGAUGAAUCUUCUCACCCAGCAUCCAUGAAUAUUCAAGUGAAUACAAAGUAUACAAGUGAACACAAAUGAAUAC